AUGGUCCGGCUUCUGUUGGUUUUCUUCCCAGCGAUAUUUUUGGAGAUGUCCCUUCUCCCCAGAAGCCCCGGCAGGAAAGUGUUGCUGGCCGGAGCCUCAUCUCAGCGCUCGGUGGCCAGAAUGGACGGAGAUGUCAUCAUUGGGGCGCUCUUCUCAGUGCACCACCAGCCGCCCGCGGAGAAGGUGCCCGAGAGGAAGUGCGGGGAGAUCAGGGAGCAGUACGGCAUCCAGAGGGUGGAGGCUAUGUUCCACACGCUGGAUAAGAUCAACGCGGAUCCGGUCCUCCUGCCCAACAUCACCCUGGGCAGUGAGAUCCGGGACUCCUGCUGGCACUCAUCCGUGGCUCUGGAGCAGAGCAUCGAGUUCAUCAGGGACUCCUUGAUUUCCAUUCGAGAUGAGAAGGAUGGACUCAACCGGUGCCUGCCUGACGGGCAGUCCCUCCCCCCAGGCAGGACUAAGAAGCCCAUUGCCGGUGUGAUCGGCCCGGGCUCCAGCUCUGUUGCCAUUCAAGUGCAGAACCUGCUCCAGCUCUUUGACAUCCCCCAGAUUGCAUAUUCCGCCACAAGUAUCGACCUGAGUGACAAAACUUUGUACAAAUACUUCCUGAGGGUUGUCCCUUCUGACACUUUGCAGGCAAGGGCGAUGCUUGAUAUAGUCAAGCGUUACAAUUGGACCUAUGUCUCUGCAGUCCACACGGAAGGGAAUUAUGGGGAGAGUGGAAUGGAUGCUUUCAAAGAGCUGGCUGCCCAGGAGGGCCUCUGCAUCGCCCAUUCGGACAAAAUCUACAGCAAUGCCGGGGAGAAGAGCUUCGACCGGCUCCUGCGCAAGCUCCGGGAGCGGCUUCCCAAGGCCAGAGUGGUGGUCUGCUUCUGCGAAGGCAUGACGGUGCGAGGCCUGCUGAGUGCCAUGCGGCGCCUGGGCGUCGUGGGCGAGUUCUCACUCAUUGGAAGUGAUGGAUGGGCAGACAGAGACGAAGUCAUUGAAGGUUAUGAGGUGGAAGCCAAUGGGGGAAUCACAAUAAAGCUGCAGUCUCCAGAAGUCAGGUCGUUUGAUGAUUAUUUCCUGAAGCUAAGGCUGGACACCAAUACGAGGAACCCCUGGUUCCCUGAGUUCUGGCAACACCGGUUCCAGUGCCGCCUACCAGGGCACCUGCUGGAAAAUCCGAACUUCAAAAGAAUCUGCACAGGCAAUGAAAGCUUAGAAGAAAACUACGUCCAGGACAGCAAGAUGGGCUUUGUCAUCAAUGCCAUCUAUGCCAUGGCCCACGGGCUACAGAACAUGCACCAUGCGCUCUGCCCUGGCCACGUGGGCCUCUGCGAUGCCAUGAAGCCCAUCGACGGCAGCAAGCUCCUGGACUUCCUCAUCAAGUCCACGUUCAUCGGUGUGUCUGGAGAGGAGGUGUGGUUUGAUGAGAAAGGGGACGCUCCUGGAAGGUAUGACAUCAUGAAUCUUCAGUACACUGACGCUAACCGCUAUGACUAUGUGCACGUGGGCACCUGGCAUGAAGGGGUGUUGAACAUCGACGACUACAAAAUCCAGAUGAACAAGAGCGGGAUGGUGCGGUCUGUGUGCAGUGAGCCUUGCUUGAAGGGCCAGAUUAAGGUCAUCCGGAAAGGAGAAGUCAGCUGCUGCUGGAUUUGCACGGCCUGUAAAGAGAACGAGUUCGUGCAGGACGAGUUCACGUGCAAGGCCUGUGACUUGGGCUGGUGGCCCAACGCGGAGCUCACAGGCUGUGAACCCAUUCCUGUGCGCUACCUUGAGUGGAGCAAUAUAGAAUCCAUCAUAGCCAUCGCCUUUUCCUGCCUGGGCAUCCUUGUUACUGUGUUUGUCACGCUCAUCUUCGUGCUGUACCGGGACACACCAGUGGUCAAGUCUUCUAGUCGAGAGCUCUGCUACAUUAUCCUCGCUGGCAUCUUCCUGGGUUACGUGUGUCCUUUCACUCUCAUUGCCAAACCGACCACCACAUCCUGCUACCUCCAGCGCCUCCUGGUUGGCCUCUCCUCUGCCAUGUGCUACUCUGCUCUAGUGACCAAAACCAAUCGCAUCGCGCGCAUCCUCGCCGGCAGCAAGAAGAAGAUCUGCACCCGGAAGCCCAGGUUCAUGAGUGCCUGGGCCCAGGUGAUCAUUGCCUCCAUUCUGAUUAGUGUGCAGCUAACCCUGGUGGUCACCCUGAUCAUCAUGGAGCCCCCCAUGCCCAUUCUGUCAUACCCAAGUAUCAAGGAAGUCUACCUUAUCUGCAAUACCAGCAACCUGGGUGUGGUGGCCCCUUUGGGCUACAAUGGACUCCUCAUCAUGAGCUGUACCUACUAUGCCUUCAAGACCCGCAACGUGCCCGCCAACUUCAAUGAGGCCAAAUACAUCGCCUUCACCAUGUACACCACCUGCAUCAUCUGGCUGGCUUUUGUGCCCAUAUACUUUGGGAGCAACUACAAGAUCAUCACUACCUGCUUUGCAGUGAGCCUCAGUGUAACGGUGGCCCUGGGGUGCAUGUUCACUCCCAAGAUGUACAUCAUUAUUGCCAAGCCCGAGAGGAACGUCCGCAGUGCCUUCACCACCUCUGAUGUAGUGCGCAUGCACGUCGGCGACGGCAAGCUGCCCUGCCGCUCCAACACUUUCCUCAACAUUUUCCGAAGAAAGAAGCCAGGGGCAGGGAAUGCCAAUUCUAAUGGCAAGUCUGUGUCAUGGUCUGAACCAGGUGGAAGACAGGUGCCCAAGGGACAGCACAUGUGGCACCGCCUCUCUGUGCACGUGAAGACCAAUGAGACGGCCUGCAACCAAACGGCCGUCAUCAAGCCCCUCACUAAAAGCCACCAAGGCUCUGGCAAGAGCCUGACCUUUUCGGAUACCAGCACCAAGACCCUUUACAACGUGGAGGAGGAGGACGCUCGGCCUGUUGGCUUCAGCCCUCCCGACAGUCCUUCUAUGCUGGUGCACCGACACGUGCCGACGGCCAGCACCCCGCCUCUGCUGCCCCACCUGACAGCAGAGGAGACCCCCCUGUUUCUGGCCGACCCGGCCAUCCCCAAGGGCUUGCCCCCUUCCCUCCAGCAGCCGCAGCCGCAACAGCCACAGCAGCAGCCGCAGCCGCAGCCGCAGCCACAACAACAGCAGCCGCAGAAAUCCUUCCUGGACCAGCUCCAGGGAGUGGUCAACAAUUUCGGCACCGGGAUCCCGGAUUUCAACGCUGUGCUCGCCCUCCCCGGGGGCCCGGGGAACGGGAUGCGGCCCCUGUACCCGCCCCCAGCGCCCCCGCAGCACUUGCAAAUGCUCCCGCUGCAGCUGAGCUCCUUCGGGGAGGAGCCCGCCUCCCCCGCGGGGGAGGACGAGGACGACGACGAGGACGACAGCGAGAGGUUCAAGCUCCUGCAGGAGUACCUGUACGAGCGGGAGGGGAACACGGAGGAAGACGAGCUGGAGGAGGAGGAGGAGGACCCCCCGGCGGCGGCGGCGGCGGCGGCGGCCGCCAGCAAACCCACCCCGGAGGACUCGCCCGCCCUGACGCCUCCCUCGCCUUUCCGCGACUCCGUGGCCUCGGGCAGCUCGGUGCCCAGCUCCCCCGUGUCCGAGUCGGUGCUGUGCACCCCUCCCAACGUGACCUACGCCUCGGUCAUUCUGAGGGACUACAAGCAAAGCUCCUCCACCCUGUAGGGGAGGAGGUGUCCACAUGGAAAGGCAGAAGAGGUGGGCGAGCGCCGGCGCCUGCAGGGAGGUGCGGAAAGCUGGGGGGAGCCUGCGAGUGGGGGCGCCGUCUGGAGCGGAGAGGGACGGCUGCCGCCGCCACAAGGGAGACCCGAGCGAGCGUACUGUCCAAAAGUCAUCCAGUCGAGGAUUCGGAUUCUUGAAUUAGUCAAAGCCUUUUCUGGGAAGAAAGGGAAUUCUGACAAAGCACAAUCCCAUGUAGUAUGUAACUUUUAUCACAAAAGUAAAUCGAUCAAAUAAAAUCGACCAAAACCGUCUCCCUGGUUUGCACAGUUGUGCAUAGACAUGCAUGCCCACAUGCACUUGGCCCGUUUGGAAGAGGGCAGCACCUGAGGGCGGUCCAGUGUAGUCAUGAGUCCACCUGGUGGCAUUUCUGGUACUCCCGGGGAGCCUGGUGGAGCCAGGCAGAGCAGGUGGGCGAAGGAGGGGCAGGCAGGGAAGCUCCCAGACAACCCACGAUGGGACCACAGACUCCUGGUCUUCUGGAGACUCCGGAACUGGCCCAGAAAGGGGCGUCUCUGGUCACCCACUGCACCUGGCACCCCGCCACCCUGCUGUCGCACUUUGAGAAGGGUGCACGGCCGCCCUGCUGCUCUGUGAUUUCCCUCUAUUUAGUAAAACAGAAACAUGCUCAGAAUUAUCACCAGGAAGUGCUACAUUCUGAGCGCUGGAAAAGGAUGCAAUGAGAAGCAAGACAGUAAGUACAUCAGCAUGGGGCUUUGGACAAAAUCAACACGAUCACCUUCCCACAUUUGGUACUCGCUUAUUGAUGACUUGAGGGAAAGGCCAGAACAAGAGAUCGUUUCAACGUGGCUGAAGAUCUUUUGUGGAUUAACUUGUGUUUGUGCCAAGGGGCUCUCCGUUGCCCUUCAGUUACAGAAAACAAACCAUGUGGCGAAAUCGUUACCUUCCAUUUACUGUAGCAAAUAAUACUUAUUCAGUUGAACUUCUAAGAUGCAGUAUGUGUAUUUGGUGCCAAUGUUUCUCCUUAUGUACUAAAGAAACAAACCUAUCUUUGAAUUUAAUGGUGUACUCCUAAAAACUAAUACUGGCGAAUUAAGUGUUUAGUGACAAAGAAUCCUUCCACAUUGUCACAGAAGUCCCUGUAACUAUAAAGUGAAUGUGUUCUUGUGUCCUCGUAUAACACGUGAUAAUAAAAUUUGUGCAAUGUAAUGCCUACCUACCUGCAACUAGAAGAGAGUCUUUCGGAUACAACGUAGAUAUUUUUCUGUUCCAACGAUGUUUUAUAGACCAUCGUCGCCCGUAUCUGCAGGAACUCUUUGAUGGCCGGAGUGCUGUGGGCCAACGUUUUUCAUAUGCUACUCACACAGUCCUCCCUCUUCUAAGAGGAAACUUAUUUUUCAGAUAUUUUAUGAUGUGGAAAUAUGUCAUUAAUGAAGUGGUUUGAAAAUUUGUUAUUAUUGAAAGUUUACAAGAACUGUGGGUAACAAUAAAAAGGUAUGUUUUAUAAACUUGCCCACGUCAUUAUUAAAACUUAUGAUUGAAAUGACAGUAUUUAGAUUAUUUCGGGAUAUUUUAGAGUUUUUUAAAAAAGAUUUUCCACAGCUACUUGAGCUUUAUGUGCUUAAAGCAUAUAAUAACUUCUGAGACUGCUCAUAAUUUUUUAAUUAUUUAUUCAUCACUUCUUGCUUUGUUUUAAUUUUCAUUUCAAUGUAUUCUUAUUCUUAUAUUCCUAUUGUCAUAACUUUUCUUUACAUUUUUGUUAUUUGCUGCGUGUAAUAUCCAUGCAUGUACAAUCCAAUUGUUUCAUUUUUGCCUUCCCCUUUUUGCCCCAAAUAAAGAGCUUUAUCUUGCUGUUUUGAUUUCUAUUAUUUGUAGAAUGAGUCUUUCCCCCUUAAAUACCUCUGUUUAUGCCUUAUGUGCGGUCAUAUUUUAAUAUGCUUUCUCCAUGUCGAAGCUGCUGAUUUCUCAGCCCAGACUCCUGUGAGAAUUGUUAAAUACACACUGCAUCGCUUGUUCAGAGUUUAACAUCCACUGUGGUGAUCGAGGCUCACGCUUCUCCCGUCUUCCCCAUAUUCUACUGCCAAGUUUAGUCAGUUCCACUUCGAGAAUGGACUGCCUUUCUUCCAAAAAAUUAUUUCAUAACACCUUUGGUAGAAGGACUUCAUGACUGAAACAGAGAAAAUCAGUUCCAGAUUUUCACUGUAAUGGAGCAGAAUGAGGAAAUGAGGGCUCCUGUGCUUCCUAGGUGGUCUGCUGACUGGCCCACUAGCAAGGGAAAGCGUACUCUCUAAUAUUAGUGACACGUGGCCUUUUAUCUUAAUGCCACUAACAUACUUCCUUAGUAUCGCAGGACUUGCACAUUCAGUUUUUCCAAGUACUGCUUCUACUAUUCAAAUAAUAUAAAUUGUCACUUUGUGCUGAGGUUUGCAAGACAUUUGGUGAACACAUUCAACAGCGAUCAGAUUACUGCUCUGACUCGUGAUUAAGAGUUUUCCUGAAUACAAUAGAAUAUUAGGUUUUCAGUCAUAAGUGUUCAAAAUUGGAAAUGGACACAUACAGACCUGACGCCAAAAGGGCAGAAUCUCUUUCCCUUAAUGUCUG